UGCGCUUCAGUCCCUUUGCUGCCUUCAGACUCUCUACCUGUCCCUCCUGCCAGCCGCCCCCCAAAAUCAUAAGGAACGUCGGGUCUAAGUAAUGCUUAGCUGUCUUUCGACGAUAGUGCCACGGAAAGAGUUCAGCUGCCAGUGACGCCUGCCAAGAUGGUCAGGGCGGCCUGCAAAACUCUCAUCCUCACUGGGCUGGGGGCUGUGUUGCUGGCCUGGUACUGGGGAGAGUCCUUCGAUCCAGCCCGUGUUUCUGGAGCCAAAGUCCUGCUGACAGGAGCCAGCGCAGGCAUCGGGGAGCAGAUGGCCUAUCACUACGCCCGGCUGGGGGCCCACAUCGUGCUGACGGCGCGGAGGGAGGCUGUGCUGCAGAGGGUGGCCGAGACGUGCCGGACCCUGGGGCCUGGGAAGAUCCACUACGUCGCAGCUGACAUGGCCUUGCCUGACCAACCUGAGCGGGUGGUGCAGUUUGCCCUGCAGAAGCUGGGAGGAUUGGACUACCUGGUGCUGAACCACAUUGGUGAUAGCCCGUACCGACUGUGGGAUGGCAACGUGGCGCACUUGCACUGGCUCCUGCAGGUGAAUUUCUUGAGCUACGUCCAGCUGGCCUCCAAAGCCCUGCCCACUCUGACCAAGAGCAAAGGCUCCGUGAUUGUCGUCUCCUCUCUCCUGGGGAGGAUCCCCACCCCAUUCUCCACCUCCUACACGGCCUGCAAGUUCGCACUGGAUGGCUUCUUCGGCUCCCUGCGGCAUGAGCUGGCCCUGCGGAAGGCAGACGUGUCCAUCACCGUCUGCAUCCUGGGGCUUGUGGACACCGAGUCGGCCAUGGGGAAAGUCAGGGGUGUGGUGGACUACACGGCCUCUCCAGCCCCCGAGGCCGCCCUGGCCAUUGUGAAGGGAGGGGCCCUGAGAGCCUACAACAUCUACUACCCGCCACACCUGCAGCUGCUAACCCUCAUCCGCGACUGGUUUCCCCGACACCGGGACUGGCUCAUCUUGAAGCAGUUCAACCACUCGGCCCCCUGAGACGUUCCCUCCCCCUCACCUAGGCGGACCCCAUUUCGAAGCCCUCAUCACGACAACCAGAUCGGCCAUCUGGGGGGGGCCGCUGCUCCCCUCCAGCUAAGGCAGCCGUGGGUUGGUGGGGAGCACUUGUGCCCCGGGUGCCCGGAAGAGGUGGGGAAAAUAAAGGCGCUGUUCAAAUUCA